AUUGGCAUAUAUUGGCCAUUGGCCUGGCGGCACCACCAAUUUUUGGACAUUCGCUCUCGACGGUUUCGCCACGUUUUGCCACAUGUCUGCCAUGUCCGGGUCUUCGUCCGAACAGCGCUCAGAGCAGUGCCUGUCCACAGAAAACCCACCUUGCCUUGCACCUGAAGUGGGGCUGUCAACAAGAGCUGCAAUAACGACAUUGACGCAAAAUGUGCUGGGAUCCGGGGUACUGGCUCUUCCAUAUGCGAUGUGCACAGCUGGAGGACUUGGAGGCUUGACAUUGCUAGUAUUUGUCUACCUUCUCUCCAUCUUCACCAUGUCAGUCUUGGUGCUUCUGAGCAACACCUUGGGGACCUUCAGUUACUACGGAGCUGCCCGCCAGACAGCUGGACAAAAAACCGCGUUGUGGGCCGAGAUAUGGGUCUUGUGCACCAACAUCGGUUUGUGUAUCAGCUACGUCAUCGUUCUUGGGGACUUUUCCUUUGCACUCGCAGAAAAAUUUGGCUGGGCCCAUUGGCUGUCCAAGCAAAAGUGCAUGGCUGCGUUGGUGGUCUUCAUUUGUUGGCCUUUGUCAUGCGCUCCAACCCUCGGGUUCCUCAGAUGGAUGAGCUCUUUGGGACUGGCGAGUGUCUUAUUCUGCGCUCUAGUCUCGGCGGUGCGCUACUGGGAUGGAUCUUACUUCGAUGCCUCAGGUCCUCCGCACCUCUCCAGCUUUGAGCCAAGUACCUUUGGGCAUUGCUUCCCGAUACUUGUUGGUGCUUUUGGAGCUCAUACCAAUAUUCCCCUUCUGUACAAAGAGGUUGCUCCUGGUGCCAAGACCCCGAACUGGGGUAGAACUCAGGCGGGACAAGAAGACUUUCGGAAGAUGAUGAAGGUCAUCACUUGGUCUCUGACCAUUGCUUGUAUAGUUUAUGGCUGGGUCGGCAUGAUAGUGUAUGCUACUUUUGGAUCCGAGACGAAGAGCGACUUUUCAGAAAACUUUCGGUCUGAUGACCAGCUUCUUGUGGUGCUUCGCCUGACCAUGACAUGCGCGAUAUGCAGUUCUUUUGCCUUAAUGAUGAUGUCCGCGAGGGCGGCAGCUUGCAAUUUGGUUUUGGAGCCAUUGGGGUGCGCCACAACAACAGUGUCGCGCGUGACGGUAGCUACCAUCUUGACAGCCAUUUGCUUGGGUGUGGCUGCUGUUGCCAAAGAAAUCGGCACUGUCUUGGCCUACAACGGCUCAGCCGAGCUGUCGCGUGUUGAUGGCCAAUAGACAUCUUCCAAUUUGCUCAUCUCAAACUUGCUUGACUUCUUGCAAUACUCUUUCCGGCAAUCCUGGUGUUGCAAAGUUUGGGAUUUGAUCUCAUCCCAUUGUGCUUUCAGAUUGUGGUGCAGGUGUUUGCAACACCGGUGUGCUU